CUAGGGCCCCACCCCAUCAUUUAUUUUCAUUCUUUUCCAUAGCUGUCAUCACAGUAGAAAGAGGAAGUUACAAUGAUGUUAAAUAUUUAAAUCAUUCUUACCUGGAAACUUCACUUGCUCGUCCAGCACCUUUGGAAAAGCAUCAUUAUACAUGAUAAAGAAUGAGGAGAUUCUGGCUUCAGCGCAAACUGACAAAGGUCAUUCCUUUCUUUUCAACAUUGAUUAUCCUUGUAUAUGUUUGUACAAUUGUAUUUUCAAAUGAAGAUGACAGUCGCCUUAAUACCUUGGGAUCAAUGUUUGUGAGACCAAGACUGACAAUUAAACAUGGCAUUAAUUGUUCUGCAAUAUAUGACAUGGAACCUGUGGAAGUGCAAAAAUCUUUAGUUGUACGUAAAAGCUAUGUGGGACCAUCUGAUAAAAAUGUUGUGAACGCCACCUCUGACUGUGAUCGGUUUGUUGUAUCAGAAGGUUUUGAUGCGAUACAAGGCUCUGAGUUUGAGCGCGAGUUUCCUCUUGCUUACUCUUUGGUUGUUCACAAGAAUGCUGAUCUAGUGGAGAGGUUACUGAGGGCCAUUUAUAUGCCACAUAAUGUUUAUUGCAUACAUUAUGACCAGAAGUCUUCAGAUGACUUUAAAUCAGCGAUGCAAGGACUGACCCGCUGCCUCCCUAACGUCUUCAUCGCCUCAAAGCUGGAGAGGGUGCAGUAUGCAGGCAUCUCACGCCUCAAAGCGGAUCUCAAUUGCCUGUCUGAUCUCCUGGAGUCUGAGGUCAAGUGGAAGUAUGUCAUCAACCUGUGUGGUCAGGACUUUCCACUGCGGACGAACGCUGAGCUGGUGUCAGAUCUAAAGAUGCUUAAAGGCAAGAACAUGGCGGAAACCAGACAACCUGGUGGAAAGAAGUGGCGUUGGAGUUUUCACCAUGCUCUGAAAAAUAACAUAUCUGAAUACUAUAAGUCUCCUCUAACCAUUUCUGAGCAGAAACUGCCACCACCUUACGAUUUACAAAUGUUUGUGGGCAGUGCCUACGUUACACUCUCACGGGAAUUUGCACUUUUUGUUCACUGGAGUCCUCUAGUCAGAGAUUUCUUGGUUUGGUCUGAGGACACAUACUCACCCGAUGAACAUUUUUGGGCAACUCUGGUUCGUGUGCCGGGAGUACCAGGAGAGGUGAUGAGAUCUGACCCCGACAUCACAGAACUGACAAGUAAAACUCGUCUGGUGAAGUGGGUGGCUUUUGAAAAUAUUCUUUACCCACCCUGCACUGGGAAGCAUGUACGGGCUGUGUGUGUUUAUGGUGCUGCUGAGCUCAGAUGGCUUCUUAACUAUGGUCACUGGUUUGCUAAUAAAGUGGACACAGACGUGGAUCCUGUUGUUAUUGAAUGUUUAGAGGAGAAGCUAAAAAACAGGUAAAGCCAAAAAAAACAAUAAAAAACUGAAGGAUUUUUUUAGAGGACCAAAGAAUUAAAUAAGAUGCUUUGCUUAUUUACUUAUUAAAAUAUAUAUUUUUUUACAUUAAAAACAAUUGUGAUCACCACCCUUCUUUCCUCAUUCCUCUCAGUUUUCUCAUAUUAAUAAAUAGACUCCACCUCUUACAUGACUAAACCUAUUCAGCACUCUCUCGCCUUCACAGUGGCUGUUCACAUACAGUACCCUUGAAUUAAGCCAAAACAGGUUGUAAAUAAAUGAAUUUAUUAAAACACACAUGUAUUUAAGUACUGUAUAUUUGCAUUAAUAAUGGCAAUUGUUCACAGAAGAGCUUUAUAUUUGCAUCCUGUGUACCCUGUUUUGCAUACUGUUUUUGAAUUCCUUAAC